CGAGAUAUAUAUUAUUACAAAAUUUGUAAUAAUUUUGAUAACUAAUUUUUUUCCAAUAUUUUCCCCUUUGAGAUAAAUUCUUUCUUAAACAUUUUUUGUACCAUUACAAAAAUUGAAAAUAUUUUUCGUUUUAAUUUUAAUGAUUUAUCCAGAAUUUGUAUUAUUUUAAUGUUAAUAAUAAUAUUAGCAAUAAUAAAACAAUAAUAUUUAUAGCUUUGUUUUCAUUUAUGUUACGUCAGCUUUGAUAUGUGUUUGAUUAUGUAUGUGAAAGGGUAUGUGUUUGUAACGUCAGGUAAAUACGCGUUGCGCGUUGGAUGCACGUGUUUACCUAUAGUGAAAGAAAUAUAAAUAAAAACUAUAAAAAGUAGUCAAUUAUUGACAUAUAAUGGCUAAUAGUAAUUCUACAAAUGUCCCUCAAAUACAAAUAAGAUUUAUUACUAAACAGCAACAAUUUGCUGUUCCAGAUUAUCCUUUGUCAGUACUUACAUCCAUUACAACAAAUGAAUUAAACAGUCUUGUAAAUGAACUUUUAAAAGAAUCUCAGCAGUUAGAAAAGGAAAUAGAUUUUGAUUUCCUAAUUUCCUCGCAGUUUCUCCGUACUACAUUAUCCGAGCAUAUAUCUGAAAAGAGUCUUUCUAUAGAACAAGUUAUAGAUAUUGAAUAUAUCGAAAAACACCAACCACCAGAGCCACAGAAUUGUCUUAUUCAUGAUGAUUGGGUUUCUGCAGUAGCUGUAUGUCAAAAAUGGAUACUGACAGGUUGUUAUGAUAAUACAUUGCAUAUAUGGACAUCUAAAGCAAAACAUCAACUUGUAAUACCUGGACAUACAUCUCCUAUUAAAGCAGUAGCAUGGGUAUCUCUAAAUGAAACCAAUGGAAAAUUUAUUAGUGCAUCACAUGAUCAAACAGCUAUAAUAUGGGAUUGGAAUAUUAAAACUAAUUCCGUAGAUUGCAUCCAUGUGUGUAAAGGACACGAACGAGGAUUAGAAGCAAUUGGUGUGAAUUAUGACAAAUCGUUAAUGGCGACAGGAUCAUGGGAUACAAUGCUAAAAAUAUGGUCAACCUCUUCACAGGAUGAAACAGAAGAUGGUGAACCUAAUGCAAAAAAAUUAAAAGCAGAUCAUGGAAAAAUAAAAGUACCCAAAAGAACAAUGAAAGGUCACAAGGAAGCUAUCAGUGGUAUUGUAUGGUCAGAUAAGACAGAACUUAUAACAUCAUCAUGGGAUCAUACUUUGAAAAUAUGGGAUUCUGAGUUAGGUGGAAUAAAACAUGAAAUUAUGGGAAAUAAAAGCUUUUUUGAUCUCGAUUACUCGGAGUUAUCUCGGACUGUUAUAACAGCAUCUGCUGAUAAGCAUGUCAGAUUAUAUGAUCCUAGAUCAACAGAAGGAGCAGUUGUAAAAGCUAUGUUUACUUCACAUACACAAUGGGUACAAACUGUUCGCUGGUCAAACGUGGAUCAUCACUUAUUCCUUUCAGGAGCAUAUGAUAAUGAAGUAAAACUUUGGGAUACUAGAAGUCCUAAAGCACCCCUCUUUGAUCUUUCUGGGCAUGAAGAUAAAGUUCUGUGUUGUAACUGGUCAAAUCCUAAACUAAUAGUAUCAGGUGGUGCUGAUAAUACUGUAAGGAUAUUUAAAUCAAAGCAAUUCGUGCAUUGAUUGUACUUUUAUCUUGUACAAUUUUAAAUAUAUGAAAAUAUUCUACAUUUUUGUACAAUUUAUAAAUAUAUAUAUAGAGGUAAUUUUCUAUAUUAACUUAUUCAGUGCAACAUAUAAAAUCAAAGUUCUCGGACUUUUUAUUAAAUUUAUUUGUAUUUCACGAUCAUUACGAUCAUAUAUUUAUAGAAAACAUUCUUUGAAAGAAAAGAUUGUAAAAGAUCGUUGCGUAAAAAAUAAGAUUAUAAAAUUUGCAAUUGGACAAUUUAUUUUGCAAUAUUAUAAAAUCGUUAAUAAAAACGAUGUAAUUCUCUUGAUAUAUUACCAGCAGAAAUUUCUAAGCGCAAGUUUCGAAUGUUUUUCCACAUAACUAUCAUAAAAUGUAAUUUUUAAAUAAUCCAAAUAUCAUUGUAAAUAUUGAAAAAGUAUCGUUUUUGUGUAUUUUGUAUUGCCAAUGUUGAAAUAUGGAUAUAUUACUUUCAAAAGUUAUUUAAUCGCAUUAUUAAAUAAAUUUAUAGAUAAUUAAUAUAUGUUAGAUGCUGGGGGUAUAUCACAUGAGGCAAGAGGAUAAUGUGGGGGCAUGGAUUCAGUAUUAAAUACAAAGGACAGUUUUGCGCAUUCUAUUGCACAUGCUGUAUACUAUAAUACAUUAGUAAACAUUAUAAUAUUCCGUACCAAAGUUUAUGAAAAAAAAUUAUGUUCAAUUAAGCUCUUUCAUUUCUUACGAAGAGUCUUCUGGUUCCGCCAUUUUAGAAGACAUACACUAAUCGCUAUUCGAUUUUGUAGAAAGCAUAUCAGUACGAAAUACAUAUAAACGGAGCUAGUGAUUUGUAUGAGAGGAAGUUUAUUUCGUAGACCCUUAUUCUAUCCGCUGUAACUACAGUUUUCAAAGCCGUAAAAGAGUCUUAAGAUUAAUAAAAAUAUGUGUGUGUA